GAGAGAGAAAAGUAAGACAGAACAGCUAUGGAGUCAAGAGCUGAACCUUUCCAUUAGCCCUCAGAUUCUUCCCAAAUUACUGAACUGCCCUUCACUCUCUCUUCCUCCCUGCUCUUGUUUAAUUGAACUGUGAUGAUGAAAGAGAAAGAGAAUUCAAGUGAGUCAGAGAACAAGAACCAGAAUAAGAAUAUUAUUAGUGAGGAAAAGGGAAAAAAUAAUGAGAACCCAGAUGUGAAAAAUGGAUUUUUAGAAAAGGGUAUUGAUUUUUUGAGAGAAUCAUCUGAGAAAAUUAUGAGAAAUUUUGAGGGUUCUGGUUCUGUAUCGGGUGUUCCUUGUGAGUCUAGAAAGAGUGGAAAUUCUGGUGCUCAAGAGCUUACUCUAAGCUAUCUUUGUGAGAAUGCUAAAGAUGGUGGUGCUUCUGGUAAAAAUUUGUUUGACAAGAUAGGGUGUAAUGGAGCUGGUGGAAGUAGUUAUAAAGGGAAAGAGAUAGUUGUUUCUGAGGAUCAAAAUGAGGAAAAUAAUAGGUGGGUUGAGAGGGAUUUUCUUCAUUUGAAUGAGAAUAGGGGGAUUUCUUGUAAGAGAGAAGUUGAAGAAAAUGGGGAAAACGAGGUAGAGAUUAGGGAAAAGAAGCCUAGGAUGGAAACAUUGAAUCUGUCUUUAGCUCUGCCUGAUGUUUCGCUGUCUUUAGCUGGGUCGAAUAGAGUUCUAAACGGGGAUCACACCGUUCAGAAUGGCGAUUUCCCUUCUCGCUUGAGGUCUAGUAGGAGUGUGCAGUCGCUUGAACCAGCGAAUAACAUUACAAGGACUGCAACAACUUAUUCAAAUGAUUUUUCAGCAGCCUCGAUGUCUUACUCUUACUCCCAUCCUUAUUCCCACAAUCCAAGCUGCUCACUCACGAGGAAUUCAACAGAGUAUUAUGAAUACUCCACAGGGAGUCAUAGGAGGGACUGUGAUCAGAUUUGGAAUGCUGGAGAGGGGACUAAUGGGUCGGUCCAUAGCCGGUUUAGGCCUAUUGGUGAUGGAACUGUGGCAUUGUCUAAUCCUGGUCCUGGAGGUGUUACACUGGGGAAUUGUGUGGUGAAUAAGGAUACAGGUAAUAAUAGCAUACAUAGGGCUACAAGUUCUGAUAAUAUUUCAUUUUUUCCAUCUGAGCUGCCUGCAAGGCCGAGGUUGGAUGCUCAAUCAGGUGAUUCUAGGGGAAGAGGCUCUGAGAAUUUUAGAGGUUUGGAGAGUUUGGAUGGAGGAAGAGCUCGUAAGCCUUCUAGGCCUGAGAGGAUACUUCGAGAAAUUGUCUCGGAGUCUAUUUCUGUCAUGUCUCAGAUAGUUCAGGAGCUCCCUGAGGAAACUAUUGAAUCUACAAAAGAGUACUUGAAGAAUCUCAUAGCAAAACCUGAGAGGAAAGAUGAAUUGAUGGGCCUCCAGAGCAGGCUUGAUAGGCGGUCUGAUCUGACCAGUGAAACUCUUUCCAAGGCUCACAAAAUCCAACUUGACAUUUUGGUUGCAAUCAAAAUGGGUCUUGCAGCCUAUUUAUCAAGCAAGAUUUGCCUUCCUACUUCCGAACUGAUCGAUAUAUUCUUGCUUGAGCGGUGUCGAAAUAUAAAUUGCAAGAGGCUAUUACCUGUUGAUGACUGUGACUGCAAGAUUUGCUCAACAAAGAAAGGAUUCUGCAGUGAAUGCAUGUGUCCUGUUUGUCUCAAAUUUGACUGUGCUGCCAACACCUGCAGUUGGGUUGGCUGUGAUGUCUGCUCGCAUUGGUGUCACGCUACUUGUGGCAUUGAGAAAAAUCUGAUAAGGCCAGGUCCUAGCUUGAAGGGACCAUCUGGGACAACUGAGAUGCAGUUUAACUGUCUUGGUUGUGGUCAUGCUUCAGAGAUGUUUGGGUUUGUUAAGGAUGUAUAUAUGAAUUGUGCAAGGGAAUGGGGCCUAGAGACCCUUAUAAAAGAGCUUGACUGUGUUAGGAAAAUCUUUCGUGGUAGUGAGGAUCGAAAAGGCAAGGAGCUCCAUCUUAAGGCUGAUGAGAUGCUUUCCAAGUUACAGAGCAAGGUGCUGUCGCCUUUAGAUGCAUGCGGUUUCAUCUUUCAGUUCUUCAAUUAUGCAGAUGCAUUCCCAGACCUUACCACUUUGACUAUUCCUUCAAAGGAUGUGCCUAGUCAGGUUAGCCUUAGGAAUGAUGUGUCUGCUUUUCCAGCAUCAAACAUUCUUUUUGGAAAAUCUUCCUUCUCUUGUUUGGGCUCUUCAAGCGGAAGAAAAGAUAUGUUACCUGUUGAUCUUCAUCAAAAUGAUGUGAAAACUCCUCUCGUAGUUGAGAAUAAGAUGAUUGAGGAUGAAUGGUCUGUGAAGCCAUUGAAGAAAGAUGGUUUUGACAGUUUGGAAAGCAUUGUGCUGGUAAAAGAAGCAGAAGCCAGGAUGUUCCAGGGCCGAGCAGAUGAGGCACGGAGUGAGGCAGAGGGUUUCAGACGAAUGAUUAGGAUGAAAUUUGAAAAAUUAGAAGAGGAGUAUGCUGAGAAGCUUGCUAAACUCUGCUUGCAGGAAACUGAGGACAGGCGGAGGAAAAAGUUUGAGGAGCUCAAAAUUUUAGAAGGCUCGCAUUGUGAUUACUACCAAAUGAAGAUGAGGAUGCAUGCCGAGAUUGGUGGCUUGUUGAAGAGAAUGGAGGCAACGAAACAACAAUGGGUCUAAUGAUUCUCUUUAUUUAUCAUUUGUUUUUCUCUAGUGACAUUGGUUGCAAUUAGAUGACAUUAACUUUAGCUUUUCCUCUGUUGCCCACUACUGGGUCUUGUUUGCUUUUUCCAACUGCAGAUUAAAUGGUUGUAUUUCUAUUUUAAAAUUUUCAAUCUUCCUUUUCAUUGUCCUCUUGGCAGCAUAGUGUUGAUAUUAAUGAUCGUCGAUAUGUAAGAUGAGGAAUAUGUGAUGAUGUUGAACAAUGCAAAAAGCAUUGCAUUUGUAGUAUGCCUGAUCAAGAAGUAAAGCUUUUCUGCAGUCUAUUGUGCUAA